AUGUUUUCAAAAAGUGAUCGUAUUUGUUUUCAACCUACUUACAAUCCUCCUGUUGGCUAUUAUGAAAUCAACCAAUAAUAAUAUGCUAAAGGGAGUGAUUUUUCAAAAUCUAUAUCAAGAAAUCUAGAUAGUCGAUAAAGUGUAAGUCCUUAAAAUUAUAAUAACAAUCUACCAAGAGUUUCAUUAGCCAGUCCCUAGUUAUCUGCAUAUGCAAAACCGGGUGAAAGAUUGAAAAUUGAACAGAAAUAUAAGAAACCAAAAGAAAGAAGCUUCAGUUACACUUAAAAUCCAGAUAUAUCAAUUAACAAUUUUGAGAGAUUGCCCAUUAAAUAAAAAGGCAAACGACUUAAGAUAGUUUAUCAAAAACACACAACAGAUGUUGAAAAUUCAAUGGAAGAACCGAACUAAUUAUAAGUCUAGGGAUAUUAUAAUUCAAGAGCCCAAACUCCCUUUACAGGAUAAUCCAAAAGAAGAAAACCUAAAAGUAUGGCUACUCAUUAUUAUUAUUGAGCACAUAGGAAUAUAUUUUCAUUAUUUCCUUCUGAUAGUCUGGAAUUAGCAUAACAAAGAGAAAAAAUGAAAGAUAAACCAGUUCCUCCUCCUGGAGCAUAUUAUAAUGAAUUUAAUGAUUCCUCUAUAAAGGUUGAAAAAAUACCUUGGAGAUUUUAAUGUUUCUCUUCAACAGUUAGAAGAUUUAGUUAAUAACAGUAAGAUGCAGGUCCUAGUGUAGGUGCUUAUGAAAUCAAAACAAAAUCAAAAGCCAUUGGAGUUAUAUCACUUGAUAAAUAUAGUAAAAGAUAAGAUAAACUCCUUAAUUUUCCUGGUGUUGGUACAUAUGACAUUGAUUAAUCAUUUACAUAAUCAAAACCUAAACAAAAAUAAUAAUAAGAUUUUCCAUGUCCAUUUGGAUCAAGCGGCAAGAGAUUUUGA